AGCAGCCAUUUUCAUCUUUCUUUUUUCUUUGUUCUCUCAACUUCGGAGGAACUUCCUACUCUCCCUUUUUCUUGUAUCAAUCAACAAAAGUGGUGGCCAGUGGUGACUCAUUUUGUGGUUGCCAUCGAAAUUGUCAACUUGAUCCCUGUUGUUCCUUUCUUUUCAUAGAUUCUGUCAUCCACUCUAUACAAUUAACAAAUUGUCCAAAAUCAAAGUGUUUAGGCCAAUCUAUUUCCUCCUGUAUUUGAUUCAGUCUUCUAAAAUCUGGUCUUCCGUCAUCGAUCAUGGAAGAGGAAAAUCGUGUUUUCGAUUCUCGAAUCCCCUCUCUAGCAUGAAAACCCUAGAUCUAUUUCCUUUCAUCAACAUCUUUACCACCCGCAGGCAGACCCGAACGCCCUUCAUCCGCACAUCGAGAAGAGAAGCUGAAGUGAGAAUGUUAAGAAUGCGAGGGAUUUAAGGUUAAAAUAGUUAAGCAGCAUCUAGAAAGCCCUUUUUUGGUUUUAUGAUAGAACUCUAAAAUGGGUGUGGCACAAAAUAGCAUUGAUAUGGAGGAAGGACUUCGAAGAUGUGCAUGGGUAAAUAAUUAGUAACGUUCCAUGUUCCUGCAAGAUCCUAAUAUGUGGCUUUUUUUCCUCGAAAUGUUAAAGUUUUGGUUAUCAAUCAAAAGCUUAGUUCUUAGUUAUGAUUCUCUUUUACGAGUUUGUAGUUGAUAUGUUGUAUGCAGUGUGAAAAUGUGUUGAACUUAAUGGGAAGUAUUGAUUGAAGACAUGAGAAUUUUAUAAAAGAACGUCAUUAUG